UGACGUUUCCCUGCCAGGGAAGAACUGUCAGUCUGUUGUACAGUUUUUUGCUGUUUAUUUAGUAUUCUUUGUUUACAAUUUUUAAUCUAAAAGUUCAUUAAUAUUUUUUUAGGAGUAUUAUAGUUUUAUUAAAAUGCAAAUAAUAAUAAAGUGUUUAAAAGGUGGAAGUACAUCUGCAGAGGUAGACCAGGGCACUUCCAUACUAGAUGUAAAGCGAAAAGUAGAAAAAGAUCUCAAAAUUCCUAUUAAUCAGCAAACCUUGCUAGUUUUGGGGUCUCCCCUGCAAGAAAACAAAACUGUAGGGGAUUAUCCAAAAAUUAAAGAAGGUACGAAGCUUUACGUGGUUAUUAAGAAACCAGAGAGUUUUCAAAUGGUACUGACAAAGUUUUUAAGAAGAGCCUAUUCAGAAGACCAAACCAGAUUGAUAUUUGAUGAAUUUAUGAGGAACUUUAAAAAGAACAUUAAUAGUCUUAGUCUGGAUGAUUUAGAAAAGUUGGCUACGACUUGUUUGUCUGAAUAAUUAAUUAAUGUAUCUUAUCUAUUGUGUAAAUUAAGACAAUUAUACUAAUUUUAGUUAUCA